GCGGGAUUUAAUAUUGCCUUCCCAACACGUUCAGGCUAAUUCAGCUAAGCUUUCUUGCUAGCUGAGUUGUUUUGCUAAUUUUAUUUUAAAUAUACAGCUUUUUACAGUUCGGAAUUACAAUAGGACAGACAUGGCCAUUUCCAAUGGGAAACAAGACGUUGUAUUUGAAGAAGAUGAUUUGCCUUACGAGGAAGAAAUCAUCAGGAACCCGUACUCUGUGAAGUGCUGGAUGCGCUACAUUGAGCACAAACAGAAUGCACCGAAGUCAGUGCUGAAUAUGAUUUAUGAACGAGCGCUUAAAGAACUCCCGGGCAGUUACAAAUUGUGGUACAACUACCUGAGAGAGAGGAGGAAACAGAUAAAGGGAAAAUGCAUCACAGAUCCGGCGUAUGAGGAGGUCAACAACUGCCACGAGAGAGCACUGGUGUUUAUGCACAAGAUGCCGAGGAUAUGGCUGGAUUACUGUCAGUUCAUCGUAUCUCAGUGCAAAAUCACAAGAAGCCGUCGCACGUUUGACCGAGCGCUCAGAGCUCUGCCCAUCACCCAGCACUCCCGCAUCUGGCCCCUCUAUCUCAAAUUUGCCCGCAAUUUACCCUUACCUGAGACCGCCAUCCGGGUUUAUCGCCGAUAUCUCAAGCUUUUUCCAGAGAAUGUGGAGGAGUACAUCGAUUACUUGCGCUCUGUAGGACGGCUGGACGAGGCAGCGGUCCGACUAGCCGCUGUGGUGAACGACGAAGGCUUUGUUUCAAAAGAAGGAAAGUCAAACUACCAGCUCUGGCAUGAGCUGUGUGACCACAUCUCCCAGAACCCAGACAAGGUGACCUCGCUGAAUGUCGACGCCAUCAUCCGUGGUGGCCUCACCCGCUUCACGGACCAGGUUGGCAAGCUGUGGUGCUCUCUAGCUGAUUACUAUGUCCGCAGCAAUCACUCUGAGAAGGCACGUGACGUGUACGAAGAGGCGAUUCAGACUGUCGUCACUGUACGAGAUUUCAGUCAGGUGUUCGACAGCUACGCCGACUUUGAAGAGAAAACGAUCAAUGCCAGGAUGGAGACCACAUCCGAGAUGGGAGGAGAUGAAGACGAUGACAUUGAUCUGGCGUUGCGCUUGGCCCGGUUCGAGCAGCUGAUCACGCGCCGGCCACUCUUAUUGAACAGCGUGCUGCUGCGGCAGAACCCACACAACGUCCACGAGUGGCACAAGAGAGUCAAGCUCUAUGAAGGCAACCCUCAACAGAUAAUAAACACCUACACUGAAGCUGUGCAGACCGUGGACCCUCUGAAAGCCACAGGGAAGCCUCACUCACUCUGGGUCUCCUUCGCCCGCUUCUACGAGGAUAACGAACAGCUGGAUGAUGCCAGAACCAUCUUCGAGAAGGCCACCAAGGUGAACUAUAAGCAGGUGGACAACCUGGCAGCAGUGUGGUGUGAGUACGGAGAGAUGGAGUUACGGCACGAGAACUACGACCAGGCGUUACGUAUACUCAGGAAAGCCACGGCGAUCCCAUCGAGAAAAGCCGAGUACUUUGAUUCUUCAGAACCAGUGCAGAAUCGAGUGUAUAAAUCCCUGAAGGUCUGGUCCAUGCUGGCAGAUUUGGAGGAGAGCCUCGGCACCUUCCAGUCAACUAAAUCGGUGUAUGACCGCAUUAUUGAUCUCCGCAUUGCCACGCCUCAGAUCAUCAUCAACUAUGCCAUGUUCCUCGAGGAACACAAUUACUUUGAGGAAAGCUUUAAGGCAUAUGAGCGUGGCAUUGCGCUCUUCAGGUGGCCAAACGUGUAUGACAUCUGGAACACGUACCUCACCAAGUUCAUCGAUCGCUAUGGAGGCAAGAAGCUGGAGCGAGCGCGAGACCUGUUUGAGCAGGCUUUGGAUGGGUGUCCACAAAAGUUUGCCAAAACCAUCUACCUGCUGUAUGCUAAGCUGGAGGAGGCAUAUGGACUGGCACGGCAUGCUAUGGCUGUGUAUGAGAGAUCGACGCAGGCUGUGGAGCCUGAAGAGCGCCACCUGAUGUUCAACAUUUACAUCAAGAGAGCUGCAGAGAUCUACGGAGUCACUCACACCAGAGCCAUCUAUCAGAAAGCCAUUGAGGUUCUCCCAGAUGAGCAUUCCCGGGACAUGUGUCUACGCUUUGCUGACAUGGAGAGCAAACUGGGUGAGAUCGAUCGUGCGAGAGCUAUUUAUUCCUACUGCUCCCAGAUGUGUGAUCCCAGGAUGACGGCUAAUUUCUGGCAGACGUGGAAGGAGUUUGAGAUCCAGCACGGGAACGAGGACACGAUCCGCGAGAUGCUCCGGAUAAAGAGAAGCGUCCAAGCAACCUACAACACACAGGUCAACUUCAUGUCCUCACAGAUGCUCAAAGCAACCACCAGUGCUACAGGCCAGAGUGGUGUUGAUGACAUGAUGAUGUUGGAACAGAAAGCACAGCAGCUGGCUGGAGAAGCUGAAAAGGACAAACCUAAACUGAAAGAGAAGAUCCUCUUCGUCAGGAGUGACGCCUCUCGCAGUGAACUGGCUGAACUAGCCAAACAGGCUAACCCAGAUGAGAUCGACAUUGACGAUGAUGAUGAUGAUGAAGAGGGAGAUGGAGAACCAGACGAGGUGCAGCUCGAGCAGAAGAGCAUCCCUACGGCUGUGUUCGGAGGACUGAAGGACGACUGAACGCAUUAUCACUGAUGUUUAUCACAAACAUCACACCUCAGCAUCCUGUUAUAGACAGAAAUAGGAGAUAUUUGCCAAAUGCAAAUGAGCGGAUUUGAAUUGGUCGAGCUUCUGUACACUUCCUGCUGCUGAGUUAAUGGCAUGUCCGGUAUCUGCAUCAGCAUGAUGAGCAAAGUUCCAGAUAUGAACACAGGGGGUCGCUCUUUCCACCGAUUCACACAAUCUUAGAGUUUUAGAACUUGCUCUUGUUUUUGUCUGAGAGAUUACUACAAACAUGUUUGUAGUACUACUGUAAUUACUACAAAUUGUUUUUGUGUACUAAUAAAAAAAAAUGCACACUGAUCAAAA